AUGAACGAUAAACAGUUGCUGGGUAUGGAAGAAUGCUCAGAGAGUGCUUAUAAUCGGGGAAGUCGUCAAAGGAUAACGGUACUCGUUGAAUGGAAAACGGCGCCUCAUUUUAAUGAAUUUUUACUGUUGCUUUCAAGUUUUCUGGAAAUUGGCAAUGGUUUGAGAAUUUCUGGCGCUGCCGCAACUAGAAAGCUGCGUCACUUGGGGAUAGCAGAUGGUUACCACGAACAAAAUAGUCGCGUUAUGGCGGUAUCUAGCGAGACUUAUAAUUUAAAGGAGACAAGGACUUCAAUAUUGCAAUUCCAAGAUGACCCACGUGGCUUUGAACUUACCUGUUCUAUUUAA